AUGACGUCUAUUGCCUCGCUCCUUAACCCAGAACCUGAAGCGCGAGAGAUAUAUCCCCAACAGCUCCCCACACCUUGUCCCAGUCGCUUUUCAAGAGAGUACCGCCAGUCACCCCCGCCAAGGCAGAAGAAGCAGAAGGUGUCCAAGGAUGCUGCCGUGUUCACUCGGGGUAGAACGCGGGGAGAGCUGCGAUAUCCUCCAUGCGAGUAUCAGAAUCCAGAGCUUGCUGCAGCGCACAAAGAAUUCCAAAUCCAUCCCAUGGGUCAUAUCACCGAGUAUCCAAGGCAUAUUCCGUAUAAUAGCGAGAAGAAGUCAUUUUUAGAGAAGACAGGACGGGAGAGUUUCGAAGUGUUCCAGUAUACCUUCAAAGUUCCCGGCGACGAUAAGACAUAUACCGUUAUGUGGGACUACAACAUCGGCCUCGUUCGAACUACCUCUUUGUUUCGAUGUAAUAACUACUCCAAGACAGCCCCAGCGAAAAUGCUAAAUGCCAACCCUGGUCUCCGCGAAAUUUGCCACAGCAUCACAGGGGGGGCACUAGCGGCCCAAGGAUAUUGGAUGCCCUUCGAAGCAGCCAAGGCCGUUGCAGCUACUUUCUGUUGGAAGAUCCGCUACGCCCUGACACCCCUUUUUGGUGUGGAGUUUCUCACAAUGUGCAUUCCCCCCGACGAUCCGAGGUUUGGCAGAUGGGUGAUCGACCAGUCCAUAGUGCGCGACGCGGCGAAUUCAGCUAAACAGUAUCGACUUCUAGAAGGGCGUUCACGGAGCAAUACAAACCAGAUGCGUAGCUUUGCUGAACCUUACCCGCGCGCAAAUCCCAAUGAAUCCAGAUGGAGCAGGAAGGAACUUCGAGCAAAGCCGGUUCAUUUGAUAGGAGUAAGAGUCGGGGCCAAUAGAGAUAGGGAAUACACCGCCUACACUGACGCCGGAGGUGCAUACUGCCUCUCCCCAUCCAAACCAUGGGAUAGCCUCUACCCUCCAGCAAGUACACCACGGACGACGGGAACCAGCCAGUCCCGGAUACCCUCUCCUCAGACAAUACUCUCCUCCCUUAGUAUUAUGCGGAACAAGACUGCAAAGCUAGUGGACGACAUGGAUAUGGAUAUAGAUGUCAACGAUGAGACAGAGCCGGAGGAGUUAGAGGAUUCGGCAGAGAGCACACCCACCGAGCAGGUGUUGCAGUAUGACUCGUACCACGAUACGGAUAACGAGAGCUAUGAUGGUGACGGCGGUGACGAGAAUGUUGAAACUGAAGCCAGCCCUGAAGGCGAACGUGAACGUGGGGGCUCAUUACCUAAAAUCUCCAACAAGGAAAUGGACGAAGCUGGCGACGCCAAACGGCGUAGUUCGCCUUUACCCCUUACAAACGAUGCGAGGGCAGCGUAUAUGCUUAUGAGGUUGCAUAUGCAGGAUGUAGUGCGUGUGGAUGAGAGGAAGAGGAGGCGGGCUUCAGCGUAGGGGGGAUAAAAGGAAAAAAAGAAAAAAAGAAAAAAAGAAAAAAGAAGACAACAUUCCCUAAAGUGCUCUGCUGGUAUGUUGUGGACACGAAAUGAUAUUCCUUGACUUUUAUCGGCUGACUUGAGGGUAAGGUCUUUUUUUUUUGUUGAUCUAACUAUCCAUGAGUUUAAAGUAGGCGACAAGGGGUUGGUUGGCUAUACUGGCUUACACCUUACUUGUGCAUAGCAGCGGUGGGGUGGGUGGUUUGCUUUGGUCUCUUUUUGGUCUCUUUUUUUAUCGCGCACCUAUUGGAGAACUACCUCUUCAGGUACUUACAUUGGGAAUUGCGCAACGUUUACGUGGGGCAUUUCUGUAUGUUGGGUGUUGGAGGAGUACGUCCGAUGGUAUUAUUCUGUCAUUCGCUUUUUCAUUCUCGUUUCCCCUUUUUUCCUGGUCAACUACCUUACUCUCCUUUUUCCCCCUUUUAUUUCGUAUUUCUUUUGUUCAGCUUUUUGCAACGAUGUGACGCCUAGCAAUAUGCGCUUUAUUAUUUCAUGCUUCAAUUACUUAAAUUUAUUCGCUGGUACGGAGUAUUUGGGUCCUCCUCAUACGACAUAUAGACAUAUAUGGAUGGUAACCGUUAAGGGAAAAAAGAAAAAAAAAAUGGAAUGAAAUUACAUACCACCCAUUCUCCCUCCCUCACCACCGCCUUUUAAUUAACAAUCACUAAUUUCCCCUCCCUAGUCAUCCUUGAUAGACACC